GUUAACUUUACAUAUUAUUUCAGUUUCUGUAUCAGACUAUGCAUCGCAUUAAAGUAUAUAUGUCGCUGACCUUCAUUUUCACCGUAAGCGCUGAGCAUUCUAGGGGCUACCACCAGAAGAGACACCUGCCAAAGGACUGCGGCAGGACGAGAUUCGACGACGGAAAUCCCAGGAUAGUAGGGGGCAUCCGGGCCUACCUCGGCCAAUUUCCUUGGAUGGCCAGAAUAGGAAUAAAGCAGGAGAAGAAGGAGGAGUGGUUCUUCUGCGGAGGAUCUCUGAUCAACAGGUACUACGUGGUAUCGGCCGCACAUUGCGAGGAAACGGGAAACAUUGUGAGACUGGGCGAAAGCGACACCGAAACUCCCAUCGACUGUGACGACUUUGGCGAUUGCGCCCCGCCACAUCAAGAUAUCGGUAUUAAGGCCUACAAGUUUGCCAACUACUGCAGGACGAUCAGUGAAAAUGAUAUCAUGCUGAUUGAAUUGGAGGAGCCUGCUAAAUUGAACGAGUUCGUACAACCGAUUUGCCUCCCAACAACUAACGAAGUAUUAUCGAGAAGCCUCGUAAAUGAGUUCGUGGUGCUAUCGGGAUGGGGCUCGGUGGAUGGACGAAACCCCCUGGAAGGUUCCAAACAUUUGAUGUAUAUCAUCGUUCCUGUGACAGACUUUAAGACAUGCAAACGUACUUUUCCGGAUAUAACAGAAGGCCGUCAGAUCUGCAUGGGACAAUCGAGGAAAGGACGCAACGCCUGUAACGGCGAUUCUGGGGGCUCCGCAGCUAAGGCCGUGAAAGUGAAUGGAGUUCAUAGAAUGUACCUGUUUGGGGUGGCUUCGUACGUCCAAGCAAACUGCCAAGGGGGUGCCGUAUACACAAACGUCCCGUACUAUAUGGACUUUAUUCUGAACGGAAUUGAAAAAAGUUGAUUCUGAUCUACCUUCCCAAAAAGAUCCAACCCCACGGACCGAGUCUUAUAAAAAAUGUUUCGGAUCAAAGUUGUAGAAUAUCAAGAAAACUCCACCGAAAGUUUUAAUAUCAAGCAAAGAUCAACUUGAAAAUAUUAAAGGAAUAUUUUAUCUUUGUAUCAGCAAUCCAUAGAACGUCAAAUCUGUCAUCCGGAUAUGGGGCCACAAAAUCUUCCCACUAUGUCCUUGAAGGUCGUUUGGAGGUUAAACUCACAAUUUGUACGAUUUUGAAUUACUAAUUUAUGAUCAUGAUCUUAUAUUUGACUCAACAGCCGGAUCCUAUCAUCAAAUUUUAUUUAUUAAUCUAGGAGUGUGUUAAAUUUCAAAAUUAUUGUCAAGAUCAUACUGAACACAUACAGAUAAUAAAUUCUAAUACUUUUGUAUACAUUCUUUUUGUAGAAAAACGGAUUUGACCUUCAAAUAAGCCACAAAGGUAUUCUAGAAAAAUUCUUUAAUCGCAGAUUCCGAUAUAAAAUUUGCCGCUGUUUCGUUUGUCGACAUGAAAAAUAGCGUUUUCGAUUUAAUUGUCUAGAUUAUUUUAACCUUACAACUUGUACUGAAGGUCAAAUGCAAGGUCACCAGAAUGCGGGUUUUUUGAUAUCUACAAUUUUUAUCUGAAACUGUUUUAAUAAGACGGAAUCCUGAAAAGUUUUCAGGGGAC